CCUGCACGCAGGGCCAGCCCGUAGACCGUCGUUCACUUUUUCGAAUUGAGGGUGGUAAUUUAGCGGUAACCUCCUUGGGUCCCAUUAACGAUCAGUUGUACCAAUUCAUCGCUUCAGUAAUUAAUAUGUCCGACUUGUGUCCAGUAUAUGCUCCAUUCUUUGGUUCCAUUGGUUGUGCUGCAGCCAUCAUUUUAACUAGUUUCGGUGCCUCUUAUGGUACUGCUAAAUCUGGUAUUGGUAUUUGUGCCACUUGUGUUACUAGACCAGAUUUAUUAGUUAAAAGUAUUGUUCCAGUCGUUAUGGCUGGUAUUAUUGCCAUUUAUGGUUUAGUUGUAUCUGUCUUAGUUUCUGAUGGUUUAAAACAACAACAAGCAUUAUAUACUGGUUUUAUUCAAUUAGGUGCCGGUUUAUCUGUUGGUUUAUCUGGUUUAGCUGCUGGAUUUGCCAUUGGUAUUGUUGGUGAUGCUGGGGUUAGAGGUACUGCUCAACAACCAAGAUUAUUCGUUGGAAUGAUUUUAAUCUUAAUUUUCGCUGAAGUUUUAGGGUUAUAUGGUUUAAUUGUUGCUUUAUUAUUAAACUCUAAGGCAUCUCAAGAUGUUCAAUGUUAAGAAAUCAAAUAAAUUUUUGUAGAAUAUUAUUAUUAUUAUUAUUAUUAUAAUUAUUAAUUUUCUACUAUAUUUGAUUGCAUUCUUUAUCUGCUCGUUAGAAUAUUGACUGACACUAUGUUAUAUAAAUAUAAAAAAACAAUUCAAUAAUAUUAUUAUAACUUAAUGUCUAUGUUAUCUUUUUAUAUAAUUAUUUAAUUCAUUUAGCAAUUCAAAAUCGAAAUCCCAUACAACAGGUGGACUUUUGUUGUGUGUUUUCUUUUUAUAGAAAUACGAGGGGUUCCUCCAUUUUUAUUAUCAUUAUCAUUAUAAUUAUUAUUUUGUUUACUUUCAAUAUAUAAAGAAAUAAAUAAAUAAAUAAAUAAAUUACUAAAAUUCUCUUUGUUCUAUA